GGUCGCAAGCUAAUCGAUCGGAAAAUUCUGAGUGCCGGUAGAGACAUCGCCGCCGCCGCGAGACGCCGCCGACCCUCCAGGCAUGAUUUGAAGCAGGGGGAGACGGAUGCUCCGGCAGGCAAUCACAUUUUGGUCCAGCCAAGAUUUUGGGGCUCUCUGGUUGGAAAGGUGACGAAGAUCCUUUCCAAGAGUUGAUGAUGGAGAAGGUGGAAAUAACUUCAACGAAAGUUGGCACCAGAGUUUCAUCAUCUUCGGUCGGCCAAAUUCAGGCAUGAGGACGGGGGCUUAAAAACAUAAGCUACCCUCCGGUUUUUGCAGACCAACACCUACACCAAUGACAACUACGAGACUUCUUCAAGAUUUGUGCUCAACCAUGGGACGAAGAUGUUAGUUAGUGGUCUAACGCCAUGAGAGAUUCAAUGGAGAAAGCAUGGAUGAGAUUGUUGAUCCCAACGCUUGGGAAUUGUCGGUACUAUUUGGGGGGAAGCGUGAGAUUGUCGUUUCCCCCCAAAUCAGCGUAGAGUGCCACAUCUCCCACCAGUUAACAUGUGCUUGGCCGGCAUGGACUCUGAUGUUACGGGUGCUCUUGAUGGACUUAAAGCCACAAAUUUCCUUUAUAGUGUUGAUGAGUACUCUUAUACGGACUUACUAGGGAUAAUUUACUAGUGACGCAAUUUCAACAAAAAGUGGAUGUAACUGGUGGAGAUAUUUUUAUGUUGUGAGACAAAGGGAUGCCCACUUCACUCAAUCGACCAAGAAAGGACGUCGUUCCAUCACCCAGGGUAGCACAUCUUUUUCUGAGAAGGUUUUGCAGUUAAUUGCCUGGGAUCAGUUGCUCGGAAUCGUACGGGGUACAGCGUUGAGGAUAGAUAAUAGAUGUACGGGAAGUAUGUUACAAAUCUCUCUUUUUAAAUAGUAAAUUCCCUUUGAAAAA